AUGAGGCCGUGGCAGUGGGCGCAGGUGUGGAUGUGGCUGGCUGGGCUGGGGACCGUAGAAUCAGCACCCAGCCUGGAGAGUGCCAAGGCCUUGGCCCGGGGAGCAGAGUCUCCACUCUUCCUAGACAGACCUGACUUCUUUGAUUACCCAGACUCGGACCAAGCCAGGCUCCUGGCCCUGGCCCAGUUCAUUGGAGAGAGACCUGUCAUCUUUGUUAACUCAGGUUCCGACUCCAGGCUCUUCCAUCACAUCCUGGUGGGCGCUCUGGUGGUGGCCUUCUUCUUCCUGCUUUUCCAGUUCUGCACACACAUUAUGGUGGGAGAAAAAGGAAGAGAGACCAGAAGACAGCCACAGACCUGAGGGCUGAGAUAGAGUGAGAAAACAAGCCAGACUCAGGUACAGCCAAGCAUUAAGGAGAAAACGCUGAGCAAAAGGAGUCAAGAGCAGAGAAAGUUCCAUGCACUUAGAGAGUAA